GCAGACAGUAAACGUGCUCGUUGCUGUUUUAGCAUUUUAUUUGAUAUUAUUUGAAUAAAGUACUGGCAUUCUAUGUCUACUGUUUGAGCUCCAGUGCUUAGUGGCGAUUCAGAAUCGGAACUGGGACGCUGUAAGGCUUAGGUCGCCAUUUUGUGCGCUACUCGGAGGAGGCGAGACUGAAUAACGUCUCAGUUUAAUGGAAAAAAGACAAUUGCAGUAGCGACCGCUUGAGUGAGCACGUGUGCCAUCAUUCAGCUGUCUUGCCUCUUAUCUGCUGACAUCUCUGGUCCUGGUGAAAGCGUCUUCACCGCUGAGUGUUGCUGGGGAUCAUGAGCACACUCAGAUAGAGAGGGGAGGGACAACAUCUAAAAAUAGAUCCCAGCGAGGAGUGCAAUGGAAUUAAUGGCACUCUCCCUGCAGAGGCCGCGCCUGGCUCGAAGCUGAACGAGAGGUGUCCUGUGGCCCCUCCUCCUCCCCCACCCGGCCCCGUGCCUGUGCUCAAGCCAGCCACCAUGGGUGACGGUCUGGAUGCAGCACAGAUGUCUGGGAGCAGCACAAGCUCUCAGGGCCAGCCCCAGUCACAGCCACCACAUGGCGCCAACCCCUGUCCCCCAGAGAUCACCAACCCAUCGCGGCCCAAGCGUCAAACAAACCAGUUGCAGUAUCUGCUCAAGGUGGUGCUAAAGACCCUGUGGAAGCACCAGUUCUCAUGGCCCUUCCAGGGUCCUGUAGAUGCACUCAAGCUUAAUCUGCCGGACUAUUAUAAGAUCAUUAAAAACCCGAUGGAUAUGGGAACUAUCAGGAAACGACUUGAGAACAGUUACUACUGGAAUGCGCAAGAAUGUAUUCAAGACUUCAACACCAUGUUUACCAACUGCUACAUAUACAAUAAGGCAGGGGAUGACAUAGUCUUAAUGGCUGAGGCACUGGAAAAAAUGUUUCUACAGAAAAUUUCAGAAAUGCCCCAGGAGGAGACUGAGAUUGCAGUCAUGACUCCUAAGGGCCGUGGCCGAGGCAGAAAGGACCCAGGGUUAAGCUUAAAGCCUGGGCCUGUCUUGGAUUCUCCAUCCACCACCCCUCAGACACGUGGAGUCACCAAUCACGGAGCUGGACCACAGAUUAAAGGACCCGUGCAGCCUGGUCCCCCAUUGCUUCCUCCGCAGCCGGCAAUUUCGACUAUUCCCCCUAGAGUUCCCCCUACCAUCCCUCCCCACGCACCCCAGUUGGGGCCACCCUACCCACUGGGAACUUCGGACAUCAACCCCCAAGCCAGCAUUAUGACCUCUGUGCCUCCUCCUCCUGCCCAGACCGCCCUGCCGCCAAUGUCCAUUCAACAGAGCACUGCACCAGUACAUCAGAGCAUCACACCUAAACCGCUGAGAAAGAGCCAGAAGAGAAAAGCAGACACAACGACCCCUACAGCAAACGAUCAACUGAGCGAGUCCUCUCCUGCUGAGUCGAAGUCUGGUAAAACUCUCCCCCGGCGGGAGAGUGCUAGGCCAUCCAAACUGGCCAAGAAAGAGACACCGGAUUCCCAACACCAUAUUAGCAUCGUAGUGCCUGGUGGUGCCCACAGUCCCAAAGUCCAAGAGCAGCUGCGCCACUGUGCUGGCAUUGUGAAGGAGAUGUUCGCUAAAAAGCAUGCCGUGUAUGCGUGGCCUUUUUACAAACCAGUGGAUGUCGAGAAUCUGGGACUGCACGAUUAUCAUGACAUUAUAAAACACCCCAUUGACCUCACCUCCAUUAAGGACAAGUUGGAAGCCAGGCAGUACAGAGACGCGCAGGAGUUCGCUGCAGAUGUGCGGUUAAUGUUUUCUAACUGCUACAAGUACAACCCUCCAGACCAUGAGGUUGUGGCCAUGGCACGCAAGCUUCAGGACGUGUUUGAGAUGCGUUUUGCUAAGAUGCCAGAUGAGCCUGAGGAGGCUUUUACCCCUACUCCUGCACCUGUGCUUCACCCAGCUGCCCCUGUCAAACCACAGCCACCCAUCAACGCUGCCUCGUCCUCUGACAGCUCCAGUGAUUCCUCCUCAGAGUCAGAGUCCUCUACUGAUGAUUCAGAAGAGGAAAGAGCUCAGAGGCUGGCUGAGCUGAAGGAGCAGCUAAAGGCAGUCCAUGAGCAGCUGGCAGCACUUUCCCAACCCCAGACCAGUAAACCAAAGAAGAAGGAAAAGGACAAAAAGGAAAAGAAGAAGGACAAGCACAAAAAGAAAGGAGCCAUUCCUGCACUGGAUGAGAUCCUCGAGGUUCCUCCUGCUCUCCAAACGCAGAAAAAGAGCAAGAACAACAAGGAUCCUCUGUCCAAGAAGACCAAGAAGCCCAGAAAGGAGAGCCUGAAGAACAACCGCUCUAUGGCACUUCCAGGCCCUGCACCACCCAAUCUGCAGGCUGUGCCAGGUCUCGACUCUGUGGAUGAUCUGGGUUUGCCUGGUGGACCAGGAUCAGCCGGCCUGGUGCCUCCAGAAAAGUGUAAGCCCAUGUCCUACGAAGAGAAGAGACAGCUAAGUUUAGACAUUAAUAAGCUUCCUGGAGACAAACUAGGACGUGUCGUUCACAUCAUUCAAUCCCGCGAACCCUCGCUCAAAAACUCCAACCCAGACGAGAUUGAGAUCGAUUUUGAGACACUAAAACCUUCCACACUUCGGGAGCUAGAAAGAUACGUUUCAUCAUGUCUACGCAAGAAGAAGAAACCUCCAGAGAAGACCAUGGAAGCUCUAAGCACUAAAACGAAAGGCACAUCGUCAGACUCUGGCAGUAGUAGUGAAUCCAGCACGUCUGACAGCGAGGACUCUGAGAAUGGAAUGACUUCCAAAUCGAAAAAGAGGGGCCACUCAUCAAAAGAGGGCAAGAAAAUCCACCACCUGACGAUUGCUCCAGGCAUGACCCAGCCCCAGAUGCCCCUUCAACCCCAGGCACCAGUCCUGCAGCCUGCUGUUCAGAUGAAGCAGCAGCACAUGUCUCCGGCAGCCUACAUGGCUCCUCAGGUCACGGCUCUGGAGUCCUCCCAGAUGCUGGAGAAUACCUUUGACUCUCUGCCCCACUUUGGCCAGUCCCUAAUGCACCUGCCCCACCACACAAAUGACUCAUCCUCUCCUGCCCCCCCUCAUCUAAAUGCUCACCCUGCAGGUGGCCCUGGCUCACCUGAUACACACCCAUUUUUAAACCAGCACACCAUUCUUCAGUCCCCAGUCUCAGCCGCACUGCACAACGCUAUGCCUCAGCAGCCUUCACGUCCCAGCAACAGAGCAGCACCCCUCCCUUCCAAACCACCACAGACCACGGCACCCCAACAGCCUUUGCAGCUCCAGCCUCAGCAACCCCCUCCACCUCAGCAUCACCUCCCUCCCCACCUUCUGCACCCUCCACAGCCCAUUCGUCAGAGACCACCGUCCCCUCCCACGCUCACCCCACAGGGGCUCCUUUCUUCUCAGCCUCCACAGUUACUGCUGGAGGAUGAUGAGGAGCCCGUGCCCCCCAUACAGCUUAGCCAAGUCCAGCUCUACCUGCAGCACCUACAGCAAGGUCGCCAGCAGCAACCACCACAGCAGCAACAGCAGUCGUCGCUCAUGCAAUCCCUCCAUGGCCGCCAGUCGCAGCAGCAGAGCCAGGCUUCCCUGCUGCAGACAGUACAAGUGCAGUCACAGCUGCCGGUCCAGGCUCAAUUGCCCGUUCAGACUCAACCUCCAGCGGCCCAGUCACAUCAGCCUUCGCCACAGAUGCCCCAGCAUGCACCCAGACACAUGCAGCAUGCCUCACAAUCACAAAGCCAACAGCAACAGCUGGCCUUCUCUCAAGGCCCAGUUCAGACCACGCCAACGCAACCGCCACCACAGCACAAAGUGGGCAUGACUUCCGCUAAAGUGCAGCAGCAAAUUAUUCAGCAACAGCAUCAUUCUCCACGGCAACACAAGACAGAUCCCUACAAUACAGGGCACCUGAGAGAAAACCCCUCCCCUCUUAUGAUUCAUUCCCCUCAGAUUCCCCAGUACCCUCCUGUAGUCCAUCAAUCUCCUCCGAACAACAUGCAGCCAAAAAAAGAGCCACAGCGGGGACCCACACCUCUUGGAGCUUUGAAAGAGGAGAAAACGCCUUCCUCGCCAGUGAUGAGUGAGUCAUUCAGUCCGCCCAUACGACAGGAAUCUCACAAACAGCUGGACAGCAAGGCACACAUACCAGGCCAUGGCCAGCACAGGUCAGAUACAAAGCCGCUGGACAGUUCUCGACCUGUAAUUCGCUCAUCAGACCCACCUGCUCCCUUGCAAGAAAAAGAUAAAUUUAAACAGGAGCCCAAGACUCCUGUGGCCCCGAAAAAGGUACAGGAUGUAAAACUAAAGAACAUGGGCUCAUGGGCUAGCCUGGCGCAAAAGUCCACGUCUACACCUUCGUCAGCGGUAAGGUCGAGCAGCGACAGCUUUGAGCAGUUCCGUCGUGCAGCCCGGGAGAAGGAGGAGAGGGAGAAGGCUCUGAAGGCCCAGGCAGAGCAAGCUGAAAAGGACCGACUACGCAGAGAGCAGGAGAAACAACGUGGUCGCGACGAUGAAGAUUCGUUGGAGGUCGUUCGACGGCCCCACGAAGAGCAGCGGAGGCGCUCCGAGCAACCACAGGCUCAACCACUACAGCCGCCACAGCAGCAUCAGGCCCCGUCUCAACCCCAGAAUACACAGGCCCAGGCUCCCUCAGUCACACAGCCAUCACAGCCUCCACCUCAGUCUCCGGCCUCCAGCCAGAGCGCCCUCGACCAGCAGAGAGAGCUGGCACGUCGCCGUGAACAGGAGAGGAGGAGGAGGGAAGCGAUGGCAGCUACCAUCGACAUGAAUUUCCAAAGUGAUUUGAUGGCUAUCUUCGAAGAGAACUUGUUUUGAAUUCCCAGAGGUGGCAAAGAGACUGCAAGACAUGGAUUCCUCUGCGGAGAGAAAACGGACUGACAAAGCAGUAAGGGAAAAAAAAGACCCCAACUGAGCAUGAGCGCUAAAAGGCAGAGAUGGCACUGUGCAAGCUAAGGCCUUGACAGGAAGCCUGUAGCCAUUGUGGGAAAGAGGGACCCUCAAGCUGGGACAAAAAUGAGCUCCCUGGCAUUAUUUCUGGAUUUAAACUCGUAACCGAAGCCGGAAAGAGAGGACUUGUGCACGGGGCACUCAUUGGAAGAAUGGGAGCAGCGGUUGGACUUUGCUAUUAUUGGAAGAAUAUCUACGUGACAGUUUAAAUGUACUGAUUAUCUGUAGUAGGCUGUUCAUCAACUGCCAGAUGUUUGAGGGGUAUUGCUUUUUCUCCUUUUUUUCUUUGUAAGAACAUGUGUAAGCAAGCAAUUAGUUGGUAAUAGAAGGGUGUCCACUCAUCAUAAAGUUUAAAAUCUCAGGUGAGGAGGUACAGCUUGCCUUACACCUCUGACCUGUACUCACAAACAUCACAGUACACAAUAUUCACUGACCAGGGGUAUGAACAAAACACACAAGUGUUAUCACGUUUUGAUUAUGUAGGAUCUACUGUACAAUUUGUAUUUUCUUAAUUCGUUUUUUUCCUCUUAACUUCAUUCCCCUCUGAUGUCUAUGCCAAACAAACAUUUCUUUCUAUGCUGAAGUUCUAGACCUAAAAUGCUUCAUUUAACAUGUUUUUCUUAUUAUAUAUUUUCUUGUCCUCACCACCUUUAAAGUUUAGGUAGAGUUGUAGUAGAUUACCCUAAUAUAUGCAUUCGUCCGACAAUUGUUGAUAUUGAAGACAGAAUUCCAUUAAGUUAUACUUUAAUUCUUCAUUUAUUUUACUCAAUGAUGCUAAAUUGGACUGCAAACAGGGCUUGUUCACUUGUUUUGGGAUUUCUGUUUAUCAUUUGGUUUGGAAACCAUGUCAAAGCAUACAGUAAUAGCUUUCUGCAUAUUAUAUAUAGAGAGAGCGAGAAAGAAGACACACGUACUGUUUGUAUCAAGUUCAUGUUCACGCUACUGCAUUUAUGAAGUAAUUUUAGCUUGAGCCUUGUGAGCAAUCAGCUGGCUAACUCUGCUCUACAGAAUUCCAACAAAGAGCCUGGAGCUUCCUUAAAACUGGGCUGGUUCUUGCAUGGCUCCUGUUUUUCAUCUGCAGAUCGAAAACCAGAGUGGACUGCUGUUCUAGACAUAAUGAUGAUCAGAAAAACGAAGAGGGGAGAUCACAUUUCUGAUUUUUUCAUUGUUCUUGUUCAAUUAUAGUGUACCUGAGGUCAAAUUAUGUUCUUUAAGUCUGUGGGUUGGGGGUGGGUGGAUCAGGGGUUUUGCAGUUUAAAGUCUUUGCAGGUUCUCUGAAUUUUCUCCUAUGGUGUUUUCUUCAGUGCCUGUUAUGUAUUGCAAUUCUAGUUGGCAUAUAUUACAUUGUAGGGAGGGUGAGAGAGGGGACUGAAAUGUUGGGGAGGGAAAUUGCAAUGUAGGUGGGAGCUUGUGUAAAAAGCAGCAAAAAAAGCAAAAAACAACAAAAAAAAAAAGCAAAAAAGGAAGAUUAACAUUUUAUAUUCUACCCAUUUAAAAUAUUCAGGUUUCAAUCUAGUUUUAGCCAGACUUCUUAUCUCUUCACCUGGCAGUUAAGUUUUCAUUAUCUUGAAACUGUUUUAAGAGGAUGUGUAAGAGCAGCUGUGUACUCAUAUUCUGUGUGUAUGUAUGAAUAGAUGGAUGUGUGUGUGUGUGCAUGUGUCGGUAUGGUCUUCAGUAUGUGGCACAGGGAAGCGUGCUCCUCCUCGGAGCGUCCAUGAACGAGUUGCUUUGCUACCGCUCCCCCCCCACCAUCGAUUAAGUCCAGAAAUAAAUAUAUAUAAUUUUUUUUGGUCAUCGGUUUGUAAAAGAUGGAAGAAAAACUUCAUUUCUUUAAGCCUUUAAAUGUAUUUUUGUUUUGUUUUUCCUUGGUAACAGUCAGACAUUAUGUGCCAUAGAUAUGGAUUCUCCAGAGAUUGUGCUGAGCUGCAUCUCAGCAGAGAGUUUGCUUUAUUCAGGUAUUUUAUUUUGUUUUCUCUUUUUUGUGUGAAACAUUUUCCUCGAUUUUACUGUUUGGUAUGUGAGUGAGCUAUCGAGGUUAAUGAUUCAAUCUGUUAUAAUCAUGAUAUAAACUCAUCUCUUUUAUAGAAAAUUAAAAGGAAACAAAAAUA